AUGUCUGAUUUUCCUUUUGCUGUCUAUCCUAUGAUGACUCAUUCCUUUGAUAUGAACAUCCUUCCAUUCGAGAUUUGCUGCGAGAUAUUCCAACACAUCUCACAUCACGAUUUAUUGGAAUGCAUCAAAGUGUGCCAUCAGUGGCGUGAAUCAGUGUUUGAAUGGUCACAUUCAAAGUGGAGAGCUGAAUCGAUUGGUACUCUCUAUGACAUGCGAGCCUAUUGGAGCCAAAUUGCUGGUCAUGUACGAGAGGUUGAUAUGCGUGGAAAGAUAAACAGCAAAGAUGAUGAUACCGAAAUGGCCCUUGUUAAGAUUGGAUCUUAUGAUUGGCCCCAUCUCCAUACCCUUCGGAUCGAUGAACAACAUUUGCCAUUGACAUGGAGACCUGCAACAGCCCUAUCUCUUUUUGAAUGCAGCAAUUUACGUCGUUUGGCAGUGGACAUGAUGGAUGGGUCCAACAUUUCAGAUCUUGUUGCUAUCUUGGAUGCUUGCCCUGGUCUAAAGUAUCUUUCCUACAUCAGUCGCAAACGUAACCCAAAUAACAUCAACACACAACUUUUGAAAUACACACAAAUUCCCACAACAACUGAUAUUGAAUGUUUGGCUAUCUCGAACCAGUUCCAUCCUGCUGAUUUUAUGAUCAUCCUACGUCGAUGCCCCUAUUUACGUUAUUUGGAUGUUCAUGGCAAUGGAUUGACAAAGAUUCAUCUUAAUGCUAUCAUUGAUGCAUGUCCAUUACUCGAAUCAUUGCAGCAUUCCACACGACAUCGUUUGAAUAUACAAAACACCCGCUUACAGGAAUGGUGGCAUCACUUUUGUCAAAGACGGUACACACGACGACGAUCCAUUCAAGAUGAUGAUUCUUUACGUGAAUUGGUCUUGAAGCAGGCAUCUGAAGGCACUUUGUUUUAUCAAGCGGGUCCUACCAUCACUCGACAUUAUGACAGCUUGCGAUGUAUCAAGUUGUCUCAGCGAGCUACCUUGUGUUCAAAGAAUACCGCCAAGCAAUCGGUUAUUCCUCAACGCGUGGCAACAACACCAACGCAUCUUGAAGAGCUUGAAUACGACUUUCCUGGACCCGUAUCGACACUCUAUCAGCAUUCGAGUCUAUUGAUCCCAUUACUACAAGCACGAAAAAGCCUGGUAAAUGUAUCCAUCGGAUUAUCAACACCAUUAUCGUCACAAGGACUUGAUGCAUUGGCACGAUGUGAGAAAUUGCGUAAGCUUUGCAUUAGGAUUCCUAAUUCAGCCAAGGACAUGGAACGUUUAUUUGUGGCUAUUGCACGCUAUGGCCAUCCUCUCGAAACAUUAGACUACAGCUGCCCAACAACAACAACACCAUUGUCACCGGCAUUGACAUCGGCUUUAGCAAAGGUACCAACAUUACGCCAUGUGCACUUGAGUCGCCCCAAGCAAAAUGUCGAACCUAUUACCGAUUUUGACACUGGAUCCUCCCUUUCUUGUCUUUGUCGAUCCAACAGUAUUCAAUCGCUUACCUUGUCUCAUAUACCUUUCGAUUACAGCUGUAAUCGUGUGUGGCAGUACAUCAGUGGGAUAUCCAGUUUGAAGUCAUUGUCCAUCAUCACAUCCGAAAAGAUCUACAACGGAGAAGGCAUAAAGUGGAUCGCUGAUCGUCAACAACCGCUUGAGCAUUUUUCAUUGACUGGUGUUUGGGACUACUCAGGUGUCGUUAAAGACGCUUUGGAACACGCCAAUAGAAAGAUAUCAACCACACAUUACAAUAACAUGAACAAGGAUGAUUCUGAUUCUGAGGAUGAAGAUAAUUAUCAUAAUCAUUAUCAUUUUUAG